GUCUUGUACAUUGGGUUAGGCUGUCGGCCUUCCGAAUUUUGUGCGGCGGGCCACCGACGCCUCUGCAGGCAAUGAAAUAGAUUUUAACUUAGAACAUGAAAAAUUAUUUCCUCUAAGUUAAGACGCAAAGUAGUCAUCCCGCUUAAAACCGUGUCUUCACUUGCCUCCUUGCCGCCUCUCAGAAUUAGGAUUUUUUUUUCGCCCCCUGAGUUCCUCCUCUUUCCCAGAUACCCUAAAUUCGAGUCGCUUGCAACAAACGGCAAAUCAGAAAUAGGAUAUUUUACUUUGUUUUGUUUACAAUAAUUGCCAGACUACAUUGAGAGAGAGGUGGUACAGGGUAGACCAAAUGUUUGAUGAAAGUCUUGUUAAACGCUCAAAUUCGAUAUAGCCCACGUGUGGAAAUAUGCGACGCCCAUGAAAUUUCAGCUUAUGGGUCAGUUCCAUUGACGAGAAUGAAUUGUAUGUUCUUAUCCAUCAAUCUGUAUUCCAAGAUGCCAUCUAUAACUGUGAUGGCACAGUCAAGAAGAAGAACUCAUCACAGGAAAGUACCAAAGAAUCUUCUCAAUCCCCGGCGCACCAAACUGCCCCCUGACUUUGGGAUUAACUUGUUUUUGAAGAAACCAAGUGCUGAGUGUGACCCAGCUCAGAAAUAUUUUGAUUAUGAUGAGGAAGAUAAAGGAGGAGGAGAUGAAAGUGAAGAUGAAGAACAAGAGAAUGAUUCUGUUUGGGAACCAGAAGAGCUUGAAGCUAUAUCGUCUCUUUUUCGGGGAAGAAUUCCUCAAAAACCCGGAAUGCUGUAUAGAGAAAGGCCUCUGCCACUUCCACUUCCUCAUAAGUUAAGGCCACUUAGGCUUCCCACUUCAAAGAAGCAUUUUAAAUUAGCUUGUCCGAAGAUAACCUCUUCGCGGGCAUCUAUAUCUGAGCGGGUGUACAAGAACCCAAAUUUCCUCAUCAAUUUAGCUAGGGAGAUCAAGGGCCUUAGCUCAAAUGAGGAUGUGUCCGUAGUUCUUGACAAAUGUGGUAGAUUCUUAAGGAAAGGGUCGUUAUCGUUAACAAUUAGAGAAUUGGGUCAUAUGGGGCUUCCUGAGAGAGCUUUGCAGACUUUUUGUUGGGUUCAGAAGCAGCCUCAUCUUUUCCCAGAUGAUAAGGUAUUGGCUUCAACAGUUGAGGUCUUGGCAAGGCACCGUGAAUUGAAAGUGCCAUUCGAUUUAGAGAAGUUCACUAGCUUGGCUAGCCGGAGUGUGUUAGAGGCAAUGGUGAGGGGUUUCAUUAGAGGUGGAAAUUUGAGGCUUGCUUGGAACCUAGUGUGUGCUGCCAAGGAUUCCAAAAGAAUGCUGGACUCAAGCAUUUAUGUGAAGCUGAUAUUAGAACUUGGUAAAAAUCCCGAUAAAUACAUGCUUGUCAUGACCUUACUAGACGAGCUUGGACAAAGAGAAGAUUUUAAUUUAAGUCAACAAGACUGUACGGCUAUCAUGAAAGUCUGCAUAAGGCUACGUAAAUUUGAUGUUGUGGAGAGUCUCUAUCAUUGGUUCAGACAAUCUGGAAGGGAUCCAAGUGUGGUUAUGUAUACUACUCUGAUUCACAGCCGUUAUUCUGAGAAGAAAUACAGGGAAGCAUUGACAGUUGUUUGGGAUAUGGAAGCUUCAAAUUGUCUCUUUGAUUUUCCAGCUUAUCGAGUUGUCAUAAAGCUUUUUGUUGCUUUAAAUGAUCUCUCGAGGGCUGUGAGAUACUUUUCAAAGCUCAAGGAAGCUGGUUUCUCCCCAGCAUAUGACAUAUACCGGGACAUGAUUAAAAUAUACAUGGUUUCUGGGAGAUUGGCGAAGUGUAAGGAGGUUUGCAGAGAAGCAGGGUUAGUAGGAUUCAAGUUUGAUGAACAGAUGGCCUCUAGAUUUGUUGCAAAUUGAAAGAGAAACAAGGAUAGGUUGUUAAAAUAUGUAUUUUUUUAGUGUGACAGUUUGUGUAUUAAUCAUGACACCAACUUUUCCCAUCUAUAUAUGUUAAUGUUAUUUCUGAACUAGAUUCUUUCGUUUUAAACAAGAAAGUGAAGUGAAAUUCAACUA